AUGCCGUCUGCAACGCCAUCAACAACCUCAAGCGACAAGUCAAAACUGCACAAGCUCGCUCUCAAAGGCUCAUCGAAGACGGUUGUAGAGUUCUUCGACUUCGCAUGUAACACGAUAUUGUUCCAACGAGGAGUAUAUCCUCCCGAGGACUUCACGACGUACGGUACCAUCCCAAACAUAAGACAUGAGGCGAACGUCAAGAAGUAUGGCCUGAACAUGAUGACCUCUUGCGACGACCAAGUCAAGGCAUAUAUCAAAAAGAUCAUGAGCCAGCUCAGCAAAUGGAUGCAGAAGUCGAAGAUCUCUAAACUUGUGAUUGUGAUCACGAGUAAGGAGACUGGCGAGCAUGUAGAACGAUGGCAGUUCGAUGUCAACAUCUUCCAAGACCCAUCAAAAGCAAAACGAACAACCUCAUCAGGAGAUAAGGAGAACACAUCACCCGAAAACCAACAAUCACAAUCAGCAUCCGUUACAUCAGACAAAACAGACGAGGACGUCCAGAAAGACAUUCAAGCCCUAUUUCGCCAAAUCACUGCCUCGGUGACUUUUCUGCCCAUGCUAGAUGGCAACUGCACAUUCAAUGUCCUGGUCUAUGCAGAUGCCGACAGCGAAGUCCCUCUCGAAUGGGGUGACAGUGAUGCAAAGGAGGUCAAGAAUGCGGAGAAGGUGAUGCUGAGGAGCUUUUCGACGAACAAUCAUCGUAUUGAUACGGUGGUUAGUUAUAGGCUAGCAGAGUAG